UUAUCUUUGCCUGACUAAAUUCGUACGACGAACAUGUUGAAUCCGGUGUAUCAGGGCCUUAAGCGCUAAGCCAUCUCGCUCUCACACAUCGCAACGAAGGGCGACCGAGCGAGAAAGCAUUAUUCUGAGCUGUCAAACAGCAGGCGAUGCUGUUGUAAACGGAUUUUUUAUGCAAACGCGAGCUCGGAAUUUGCAAGCCAAUUUUUUUCGUCGUCCUCGAUCCGUGUCCGUUUUCUUUUUUUCGUGUCCUUGACCAUCUCCUAUUCGUGCGUGCGUGUCCCUGUUUGUGCAUGUGUGAGUGUGUGGACUGUGUGCGGUCUCAAUCGUGAAAACCCCUUUCGAUAGUGCGCGGGGUAGGGGUAGUCUAGCGCUUUCCGAUUUUCGUCCUCGGCAACAGCAGCCUCCGAGAAGUUUUGUGCUUCUGGGCGGAACGGGAGAGGAACCGUUGGCGCGACGAGGAAAAGUGCGAGUUUGGUGCUACGUAAACAGCAGGAAAACAUGGCUGACCGACGGUCGGGCGGCUCGAGCCGCAAUCACUUCACGGACGAGAAGAGCCCCGCCGACAUUCCACCCAUGUCGCGGUUGUUUAUCAUUUGCAGCAAGAGCGUGACGGAGGAUAAUCUGCGGGAACACUUUGAGAAGUUUGGCGACAUCGAGGAGAUCUGGAUCGUGAAGGACCGGUCGACGGGUGAAGGCAAAGGUGUUGCCUACAUUAAGUACGCCAAGACGUCGGACGCGGCACGAGCACUCGAGGAAAUGAAUGGCAAAUGCGUCGGGGAUAAUAAUACGCGACCGAUCAAGGUGCUGGUCGCGGCCAACCGGCAACAAGGAUCACGCAAACAGACCGAGAACGAGGAGGAAAAGUAUCUCCGCCUGUUCGUGAUCAUCCCGAAAGAUAUGACGGAGGAGGCGCUCCGGGAGGAGUUCGGCAAGUACGGGACAGUCGAUCUGGUUACCAUCAUCCGCGAUAAGGUGACGAAGGAGGGCAAAGGCUUCGCAUACGUCAAGUUUGGCCGCUUCCUGCACGCCGCCCUGGCCUUCGAAGGCUGUGACGCGAAGUAUAAGGCGGUGUUUGCGGAACCGAAGCCACCGCGUAACUCAUCUGUCUCGUCGAACGAGAACUUUGGCGGUGGUGGAGGUGGCGGGGGUGGCAGUGCCGGAGGAUUCGCGGGAGGCGGCGCGUUCGGUGGUGCAGGUAGCGGAGGCGCUGGUGCCAAUAGUGCCAGCAACGGAAGCUUCGUGGAUGAUCGCCGAGCGGCCGCUUCAUCGGCCGGUGCUGGUGCGAUGAUGGGCUUUGCAGCGAUGGGUGCCGGCGAUGGUCGACGAGCGUUGUCUGGGGUGGCGGGUGUAACGUCCGAUCGUCGCGGUGGAGCAACCGAAUUCGGCGCCUUCAGUGGCUACGGUGCACCAAACAAUGCGCUGGCGGCGAAUGUGAACGAAACGACGCUAACUGUGCUGUGCAGUCCGGUACUGAACCAAGAUCAAUUGUGGCGUCUCUUCGAUAUCAUUCCCGGGCUCGACUAUUGCCAGAUUAACAAUGAUUUCAAUAAUCGUAACGUGACGGCGACGGUUGUAUACAACAAUGGACAAUCGGCGAUGUAUGCACGCGAUAAGAUCCACGGGCUCGAAUAUCCUCCCGGGGAGCGGUUAAUCAUUCGGUUAGGACACGAAACGGUCGGUAAUAUGGGAGGUGGUAUCGGUGGCGUCGCCGCUAAUGCCAUUGGUGGAGCUGCGCUGGACCCUUUCAACAAUGGAGCAAGUGAUCGUGAGGCAGCGUUCUGCAGUGUUCCAUUGCCACCACCGCUGCCGAUGGCGAACGCGAAUGCUGAGGUGGCCCAGCGCUGCUUCAUCGUCUGCAUUCCCAAAGCCCUACCGACGAGCGUGCUGAAGCAAACGUUCUGCCGGUUCGGUGAUCUGAUCGAUGUGUACCUGCUGCCGAACAAAAACUGUGGCUACGCCAAGUAUGCCUCCGAGGAGUCGGCCAAGAAAGCGAUCAAGCAGCUGAACGGUGCCGAAAUUCUGAACAUUCGGUUGAAGGUGCUCGAAGCCGAUGAUCUGACCAACGAUCGACGGAAAAGAAUGCGACACGAUGAGCGAUGUGAAAACGAGUAAACCCCGCCACUUUUGUGUGUGCGGGUAGUGUGUAUGUGUGUGUAUGUUGGUGUCAGGACGAUCUGCGACGAACCCUGCUACCGAAUUCAUAAAAAAAAACUUAUAACAUGCAAGAGACGAACGCAAUGAACGAUAAAAGAUAGCGAAAACACGAAACGGUAACAGUACAGAGAACGUUUGAGAACGUGACUAUCUCUAUCGCGCCUAUCUAUAUCGACUAUCGUACCGAAUAGAGAACGAUUACGAACCAACCAACCAACCAACUUACCAUCCAACAAAUCGAACAAAGUCACUGUUUUCCAUCUGAAGAACGAAGUACUACUAUGCAGAAUAUUGAAACUACACUACUAUUAUUACCACAACUACUAUUACCAUUACUAUUACUACUAGCACAUGAACCUACCAGCUUCUCGCAAAAAAGAACAAAACAACGGAACGAAACAAACGAAGAAAAGCAGAUACUUCAAGAAGUUGAGUCACACGUGCCGGUGACGCCGGCAAAACGAAGCGAAACGAUAGAGAACCAAGAACCAAGACGACAGUGCAGUGGCGCCCAAAACACGAAAACACACACAACUAGCAGGACAGAAGGACGUGGUGCACUACGCCACGAAUCGUUCAAUCUCCUGUCUGUCCUCAUGCAUCUGCUGUCACUGCUGUUUCUAUCACUCGUUUCCCACCUCUAUCUCUCUCUCUCUCUCUCUGUCUAUCUCUUCCUGUAUCUCCCGAUCACAUCUCCUUCCACUGGACGGAUUGACCUGGACAGUUGUGUCGUACAUAUUUCACUCCCUUCGGACCGUACCACCUCCUUUACCGUACGAACCUUCUUCCCGAACGCUGGACAGUCUGGACUGGAUGAGAAGUAUGUGAAUGUUGGACAGCACACGAAAAGGACACCAGAAAAUGGACGAACAGAGACGAGCCGAGGCAACGUGAGGAACACUAUGUGUACUGCUAUCAGCUAGCGUUUACCGUUAUCAAUGCUUACACCUGCCACCACCAAUACCAACUACUUUCACUGAACCAUUUGUGCUUUCCACAUCACUUUUUCGCGCCAUUUUCGCGCUUCGUUGGUUUAUCCUCUAUCUCGAACGCUGGACACCGCGUGCCGACACCCCCUAGAUGGCAAUGGGUGGAUGCGCAAUACGGUGUGUGAAUACUAAUGGAAUCGAGCCGAAUAAGUUGGGGGCAUAGCGGCACUUGAGCUAUCGUGCGUGUGUGUGUGAGUGUUUAGUAUAGUCUGCAUUACUGUCGCACAUACCACGGACUACGCACUAGUGGACUGACUAAACGAACGGUAUCAAAGGCGCAUCGAAAAGAAGGAACAUCUCCGAACAUCACACGCACUUGCAGACGGAGACCUACAAACCGAGCGAAGACCACUAGCGAAGAAGAAGAAGAGGAAAAACAUUUUACAUUUUCACGAGGACGUACGAGAGGAUAAACGAGAAGAUAUCCCAUCCCGGAACAAACGCCCCACACCACAAAGACCUGAAGACAUGAUGAGCGUGAAAUAACAGAAUGGAAAACAACGAAGAAAGCGGACCAGGACGAGCGCGAAGCGAUCGUCGGGGGUUUGGACCAGAGAUGAGGUACAUCAUUACCCGAGACAUGAGCAGCCCCCUCGAUCCCGCUUCAUCUAACCAUACGAAGCAGGCGACUACGAAGACACAAACACACACACAUACACACAAAUACACAUACACAUGCUUACGCCACAAAACCAUAGGAAGAACACGAACCGUACGUGACCGCAGAAUAGUAGUGGAAUGGUUCAUAGGGACGAUGUGGCGAACGACGUAAAGAAGAGGGUUCCCGUACGUUUUGAUCUUUUAUGUUAUGCCCCCGCAUCCACACUUCCGUAUUCACUACAGUGCAUGUGAUCGUCACUCGGCUGUACCUAGAACAGAUAGAUUGGCGUGUUAUGGUGUACUCCUGUCCGAGAUGGUCGAAUGGUCUAUAGAUUUUCAUUUUAGGAUCGCAGUCCAACGACCUUCCGAAUGAAGUGAAUUGUUGUAAAAACUUUCGAUUGAGCUGUACAGCACACGACCAAGCUUGACAGAAUUCUGAAUGUAUUUUCUAUGUUUAGUUUCGUAAAGAUCUGUCCCUACUACUGUCCUCUGUCAUGUGUAAUCAACUAUUCACGCCCCCAUUGCUUUGCUAAUUCCCGACAGGAUCCGUCCUAUCAAGAGAUGAGCUGUGCGCAGCGAAGAAGGAUUAAAUUUUACCCUUGAGAUUUCCUCUAACUGUAGUGUUGUAGUAUGUAAGCUUAGGAUAUAGUAUCACAUUAGACGUCUAGCGGGAGGUCUCUUUAGCCAUUGCCGAUAUUGACAAAAUUAGUUUUAAACGAGUGUCAAGAAGCACUCGCAUUCGACUGCAAACGAAAACGCACAAUUUGGACCAUCGUGAUUCACCCAACGGGUACAUCGUCAUCCAUGUGCAUCUAUUGUGCAACGGUGUACCGCUUUCAGUGUAUCUAAAACAAAGCACCCUUAGCUUCUUUAAUUGUAAUGCUUGACCACCUGGACGACUGUACCGGUGCACCGCCGUUCCUCCGUUUGUUACCCAGCGGUGCCACUCACGACGAUUAGGCUUUAAUCAAUUCUCGCGUUACAUCAAUCACUCUCAUAUGGCCUCGUUUUUAAGAAUGACAAACGAAAGCGGACACGUGUCGUCGGUACUACCCACGUCGCAGUAUUGUCGGCGCUAGGGGACUACUUUUACACUCUAUUUUUGCUAACCCUAAGUAAGCUGUGUUGUUAGCUUGUAAGUAGUAAGCGUUGGGCUGGCGCGGCUCUCUAGACUCUGUUGGCACACACCUGCGCUGCACCGCGAAACGAAGCAUUCAUCCCGAAUGGACGGGGACCGAAAGGGCGCGAAACUCCGCGGAUGCUGUUUGGUUGCUGGUUUCCUAUUGUAUGUUUCCCAUUUUUGUCUUUUUGCUUGCCCUACCAAACAACACAUCAGCAGCAGCAAUCACAUCAGAUCACUUCGUUUUUAAGCUCUCAUAUGUUUUUGUUUUUUUAUUCAUCUGAACGAGUGUGAAUAUUAUGCGGGAUGCUGUGGAUAGCUUUGCUUGAAACUCGCUUGGAACCAGAGACCAUCCAAGUGCGCCUCGAAUAUGAAAAUAAAUGAAAAUGCCAAUAUUUACUCAUUCAAAAA